GUCGCCUCGGCCGCGGCUCUCUAGCCCGGCGGCUCAGCCUCGGCCCCUCGGAGCCGCGUCCCAGGCGUCUUUCCUCUCCUUCCGCCACUCCCUACUCUUUCCCGCCCUUCUCUCCCACCCAGUCCACCCAGAGAGCCUGGAUACGAAGCAGGCGGGCUUGAGAAGGGAGUUGGAUAAAUGGAGGUGCCGCGCCUGGAUCAUACCCUCAACAGCCCCACCAGCCCCUGUGAGGAGGUGAUCAAAAACCUCAGCCUGGAGGCCAUUCAGCUGUGCGACCGGGACGGGAAUAAAUCACAAGACAGUGGCAUAGCAGAGAUGGAAGAACUUCCUGUACCACAUAACAUUAAAAUAAGCAACAUUACAUGUGACUCAUUCAAGAUUUCAUGGGAAAUGGAUUCAAAGUCAAAGGACCGUAUUACACACUAUUUCAUUGACCUCAAUAAGAAAGAGAACAAGAACUCCAAUAAAUUUAAACACAAGGAUGUUCCAACGAAAUUGGUGGCAAAAGCUGUUCCCUUGCCCAUGACUGUCCGUGGACACUGGUUUUUGAGCCCAAGAACUGAAUAUACAGUAGCAGUGCAAACUGCCUCAAAACAGGUUGACGGUGAUUAUGUUGUGUCUGAAUGGAGUGAAAUUAUAGAAUUCUGCACAGCAGACUAUUCAAAAGUUCAUCUAACACAGCUAUUGGAGAAGGCCGAAGUGAUUGCAGGACGGAUGCUUAAAUUUUCUGUUUUUUAUCGUAACCAACACAAAGAAUAUUUUGACUAUAUUCGAGAACAUCAUGGGAAUGCUAUGCAACCAUCUGUCAAGGAUAACAGUGGUAGCCAUGGCUCUCCUAUCAGUGGUAAAUUAGAAGGCAUCUUCUUCAGCUGCAGCACUGAGUUCAAUACUGGGAAGCCACCCCAGGAUUCACCUUAUGGAAGAUACAGGUUUGAGAUUGUAGCAGAAAAACUUUUUAACCCCAAUACUAACUUAUAUUUUGGGGACUUCUACUGUAUGUACACUGCUUAUCAUUAUGUGAUUCUUGUUAUUGCCCCUGUGGGAUCACCAGGAGAUGAAUUUUGUAAGCAGCGCCUUCCUCAGCUAAAUUCCAAGGAUAAUAAAUUUUUGACCUGCACAGAAGAAGAUGGGGUGCUGGUUUACCACCAUGCCCAGGAUGUCAUUUUAGAAGUCAUUUAUACUGACCCUGUGGAUCUUUCUCUGGGCACUGUAGCAGAAAUCACUGGUCAUCAGCUCAUGAGUUUGUCUACUGCAAAUGCAAAGAAAGAUCCCAGCUGCAAAACCUGUAAUAUCAGUGUUGGACGUUAAUGCCCACUUUUCUUAUUCUUACCCAGUCCCUUUUCUUCCCCUAAGAGCACCAAUCCUCUGUUGUCCAUUUUCAUCACCAGUUGUUUUCCACUGAAGCAUGCACAUGCCGCUAUCACCAAAAGCAAAUUGCCAUUUUUCAAAUUUCAUCCAGAGCCGUUUUAGUGUUUCCUAUUCCCUGCCCUUCCCAUUACUUUCAGUGAUGAAAGUUCUCCUCUGACACUUUAUUGCCUAGAUGCUGCAAUGUUUUUAUUUUUCCUUUAUGCCAAACAUAACAAAACAAUUAUAUAAACUGCUUUAGCAAAAUACAAAAUAACGGCUUAUAAAUGGUGUUUAAAUAUGCAUUCAUUUUAAUCUACUGAACAAAUAUUGGGAUAACUCCAAACCGCAUGAAAGGGUGUAAUUGCAGCAUGAGUUAAAUCUUGAAGCCUAGAAUUGUCAGCACUUCCAACUUGUUGUUUGACAGUGUUAUUUAUGUUAUUUAUAUUAGCUAACAGGAAACAACUAUUGUGUUUCAACAUAAUAAAUAUAAUAGAAAAAUAUUUUAUUUGUAUUGUUGUAUAAAAUAUUUACAAUCAUAUAGAAUAUAUAGAGUUACAUUUUAAUAGCAAUUGUAUACAUGUCAUGAAACCAUUUCCCUUAUCAAAGAUGUAGUUUGUAAACUUCAAAUAGUUGUGUAUCUGUCCUGUUACAAGUAGAUGACUUCAAUUAAACAAAUUUAUGAAGGACAUCAUUCUGAUUCAUAAAAGUUAUAAAAUAUCAGGUAAAUACAGAGAAAACAAUAAGUCUCUGAAAUACUCUGCUUCUGAAAGUCAAUAUUCUUCCCAUCCAAACUAUAUGAAAAUGUGAAUUUGUUCAACAUCAUGCUUAAACAUUACAGAAAACAGAAAUACAAACAUGGUUGGUACAAGAGAAAAUGUCGACCUUUUACUUAUUCUUACAAAGGCAAAAAUAAUAAAUGUGUGUUUUAGUACAAAA